GGACAUGAUUCUUAUUCUUAAUCGAGUGCAACCAACCCCUCGUGCCUUUGUUAAUGUAGUACAAAUGGCUCGUGAAUCAGGUGACUUAAGACCUCACAGGGGAGGGCAUGCCGGUGCUCCAAGGCCGCACGAUCAAAUACAGGUCCGCACUGAAAUACUUGUCGGGAGGAUACUUUAUAAAACAAGGUACAACUGAUUGAACAGCUAGAAAGGGCUUGCAUAAGAUUUGUCCAUUUUAGUAAAGAAAAUGAGCUUCGAUCCAGAGUUUUCAGUGAAAAAAUGGGUUUGGAAAGCGGAUGGAACUGUCAUAUAUCCUUAUUGAGUGAAAGAACUAGCCUGAAUUUCUUAAAACAUCGCUGAAGUUGAUAGAGGCAGUAGACAUUUAGAAAUACCCCAGGCUUUUUGAAGGAGAGAAAGGGCACUAUGACAUUCACGGAGACCAUAAAGGCAUCCUACAGUUGUAGGCGGGACAGCGGCUUGCUUCAGUACCAGCAAUCGGAGAUUUGGACGGAAGUCACUGCAGCUUGCAAGAGGGAGGCGGAGCAAAGGCACAACCGAAAGAUGUCACAGAACACACGACGCAUCUCAAACGACGACGGGAGUCGCACACGACCGAUGGAUAGCAACCUAGAGUCGUCUCGUACGAUGAGCUUCUCCGCGCCGAGCGCCAUCAAUAUGGAACACACGGUGGUGAAGUUCGACACCGAAGUCGAACAGUUCAUUACCAACGGUUCAGAGAACCGGAACAGUAUUGAUGAGAGUGCCACUCCUCAUGAUUGGCAAUCUCUUAGCAACCUCACGGAGAGCACUGAGCAGAGUGCGCCUAUCAAUUUUGAUAUGAGCAAUAGGGCCAAAUUACCUAGGGGCAUAGAUAAAAUCAGACCGCAUAUCGAAUUAAUAGAUAAUGUUCCUUUAUUAGUUUCUCUGUUUACUGAUUGUACUCCGAGUGCCACUCGUGAGAUGUUGCACAUAAUGCAAGAUUACAAGGAGGUUGUCUGCAUUAUGGGAUCCUCUGAAAACUGUGAUAAUGCUGGGACAUUCAUGCAGGCCGACGCGAGUAUAGCAGUAAAACCCCUGUACCCUCAGGUUUGUCAAAAAAGGACAAUCUACGAAAAAAACAAAGAUUGUAUAGGUCCAAUAGAAUUAUCCUGUAUGUUAAACUCAGUUCCAUGCGCUUUGUCUUUUAAAAGGGAAGAUCCUUUGAGUCUUCACCGCCUCAUUAUGGAAAGCAGGCAUUUCGUAGCUACGAUAUGGAACUCAGUGCAAUAUUGGUUAUGCUGCUGUGUGGCCCUAAGUGUCUUACAAACCAUAGCUGCACUGUUUAUGUUACCAGGACUUAUGACCACGUGGCAAGUGUUGUGGUUCUGUUGUAUUGUGAUACCUGCAAUAAGUAUUUCUUUGAUGGCUAAACCAUUGGAUAUGGAUGUAAUGAAGAAGCCUCAAGGCAAGAUACAGACUGUUGUUAACCUGAAUGGUGCGAUCUUCGUAAUUUGGUGUUAUGGCAGCAAAUUUUUGCUCACAUUUGUCGUGGUAACAGCGUCUUAUAUAGGAACAUUAAGCAGUCAUUGUAAUCAAAUGUGUAUAGCACUUCCAAAUUGCACGUGUGCCUUCCUCUUUCAUCCUAUAUUACUGAAUGAUUCGAUGCUCACAGAAGGCUGGGACGAAAAUAAGUGGACUCUCCAUGUCUCCAGACUGAUCCUGUGUUUCAUUACACUGCUACAUUUUGUAGUUAUAUCAACAGGGUUUAUCCACAGAGAUCAUCUCAUGUUCCAAAAACCAGCUCAUUCAAAUUUGUAUUGGUUAGCCACUGUGUUCACAUUGAUUGCGGUACAAAGCGUGUAUACGAUCAUAGUACUAAUGGUAGUAAGGGAAAACGAAUAUGAUGAGAAGUAUGUUGUACCACUAUGGGUGAUUAUUUUUGGAGCACUGUCUUCGUUUGGAGUAUUAAUUAUAAGUGAAAUGGUUAAAAAACAGGAAAUCAAGGUCAAUAAAAGGUUUUUAAAAAGAGCUCGACUAGACUUUGGUACGAAGUUGGGAAUGAAUUCUCCAUUUUAAUCCAUAAAUCGGAUUUUUUAGGCAAUCGGAAUACAGUGAAUUCGCAUUAUACAAUUUUUAUUCGAUUUUUUAAUAUUGUAAUUGUGUGACAUUUCUACAAGACUUGACUGUUUUUAAUCAAUAAAUGAUCAGUAUUUCUAGGUUAAACUUGUUUUUAGUUUUGUUCUGUCAAGUGUCGUCAGGCCGCUCCGUUAGCCGUGCACAUUCGAAUCAGGUGUUGGCUAUGAAGUUGUGAUUCUCUCGAGGAUGAGAACGGCCUUCACUGAACGCCCAAUAUAAAAAUAGGUGGCAUAAAGGAGAUAUAUUGAAUUGCUUGACUUCUAUUUAUU